AAUAAAACACACGAAAGAAAGAAAAAUACGAUUUUGCCCCCCUAACUCCAAGCAGGAGAGAUGAGGUGGAGACAAAUUUCUCCAGUUUUGUACAUCCCCUAACAAUGAUUCUUGUUUUUUGGUGGGAGUUGGAGGUCUAAGUGUCCGUGCGAGGGUCACUGUUAGCCGGACUGCAGGAUUAGCCCCUCCGCUCUGUUUCUUACAGCCUCUGUUAGCCUGCGGAUGCUAACAUUAGCUAGCCGGAAGCUGUCGUAGCUUCGUGCUGGGGUGUCUGAAGUCCUGCUGUUUCUCCACUGUUUUUAUCGUCCCAGCGAAGGAAAUCCUUCACACUGAGGGAUGUGGAAAGUAACUCUACAAGCGUUCGCUGUUUUGCUGCUGGCCUGGUUCUUGGGGAACUUUGUUGUGGGCUGGUUUCAACAAAAUAAAGUGAAUACACAAACGCAACACAGAGAGCAUCCGAGCGGAGCCACAGACAGCCAGGACCAGAGCUGUUUCUGUCAUGUGAGUCAGCGCAUCGUACUGCUGGGUUAAGAGUCAAAGUCGAGAUGUUAGUACCAGGGGUUUCACUCUUAAUGUUAUAACGGUUUUACGAUACAACAGAAGAUCUUCUAGCACUUUCUAUGGUCUUGAUUUGACGUCACUGUGUAUUUGUGAUACAAGCUUUCAGCAACACCUUAAUAUUUUAGUCUUUGGAUUAAAAAAGUCUGAAUUUUAACUAUUUUGAUUACACAAUACAGGGCGUAUAACGUAAAACACAGAUUUUAUGUUCGUGUCGGUGUUAUUGCAAGUACCGCUGCCUGUCCAGAUGUAUCACGCAUGCGCAAAGCCACAUUGUCGGCAGUCGCCUUCACCCCUGUGACUAAACCUCCCUUUCGUGAACCAGAAGAACCCCAUUAUUACCGCAAAAUUGACUCGUCAGUAUGAACAGAAUUACAUUAUUUGUGAUUAUACUUUGCUGUAGAAAUAGCUGGUUUGACUAGAAAACAACAUUGGUCUUUGAACUGUUCAGCAUGUUUGACUGCAAAAUGACGACAGAUAACAUUUGCCAUACCCUUAAUUAUGUAAGUAGUUUUAGAAAAAAGAAAGUGAUUUUACAGGGAAUUUAAGUAAAAAGGGAAAUUGGUGUACUAAGAUAUGCUUCUCCUUAUUUCUCAAAUAUUUUCCAGACAAGAGUUUUAGAAUAUGUUCGCCUAAGUUUCACACUACUCUUAAUCCUUUUGAUAAAAAUCUAAAAAACACACGCACUCACGCAGAAGUUUUUGUUUCGUAAAGCUGUUAAACUUCUACAUUCGUGUGCGCUAUUCAACAGGAAAUAGAAUAAGGUUGCAUUUUAGACAGGGAAGCAUAACUCAACAGAACACCCAAAACGGAAGACUGUCGCUUUACUUUUUUAUUCCUUUAAACUUUUUACCUUCAUCUUUGGUAAAUUGGUUCUGUUUACGAAACUAGACUGGUAAGCGAAAUAGAUAAUUGACCACUCGUUCUUAUAAUACAUAACUAGUCUGUAACAGGUUAUGAAUUACGUAAAAUAUACACCUAUUUUAUACCUCUGCUGCUUCCUCGUUCGUGGCUUUCGUCACUUCGGAGAAACAUUUUCAGGUUUUUAUUUAUUUACGGUGUAAAAUUUUGAAAGUAUGACCAAUAAAAAAUAAGGAUAUAAAUGUACCUUUCACGUUUUACACAAUGCUACCCAAUGCGAUUGAGAUUUAUGAGUUUCUAGUUUAUGUUAUUCCCAUUAGCGAAAAGAAAAGCGUGGUGUAAUUUGAUUGGCUGAGGCGAAGCUCCCGCCUUCCUUUAGCUCUUGGGAAUUGUAGUCUUCCGCGCCGCUGCUGUCAGACCCUCAUAGAGGUCUCUGACCGCAAAGUCAGACUACAAACUGUAGAGGGGCGGGGUUUAUUUUGACAACUUGUUAUUCGGAGGCGGGGCCCCUGACAGGCAUGGGACAGGAGGUCUGUUUUGACAGCUCAGCCCACAUACAGAGCAGCUGCUGAUUCAACAGCAUCAAAUUAGUUUAGGAAGAGAUUUAAUUCAAUGUAAUUAGAAUUUCAACCUGAGGACACAGCAUGCUGAGAGGAUUUUGUUUCUUCCUGCUUUUUCUGAUGCUGAGGGGACUGCUGCACUCAGAGGUCAGCUGGUUCUGUGAGUGUGUGUGUGAGAUGUGUUUUGGUACCUGACUUUAACUCUCCAGGUGUAUCUGUAAAACAAAACUUUAUAACUGAAAAAAGUUAACAAGUUCAAUACCUUAAAAAAAGAGAGAAAAUAUUGUUAUCCUCAUUAGGUUUUAAUUCUAACUGCUUGUUUAGGACAUGAAGCUGACACCAUAUGCUUGGCCACACCAGUUUGUUUUAAGUAUAAAAAGAUGACUUAUAGGCAGUUCUUCACAUACAGGUGAAAGUCAUGAAGUUAGAAUAUCAUCUUUAACUAUUUUUUGUUUCAUAAAAAGUUCACAAAGGUAAAGUUAAGGUAAAAUUUUAUAUAUAUUGUAUGCAAGGUGAAAUAUUUUAAUUAUGUCAUUGUAGUUUUAUUCACUAAAACCAAUCAAAAAAGGAUUUUAGAAUUAAAGAAUUGUCUGACCUCUGAAGCGCAGUACUGGGUUGGGCUCAUAGACUGUAUAUACUAUGGGCAAUUUGGUUCAGCCUUUCCGUGAUUUUCUCCACUUCCUGUACCAACACUUGUGCAGUAGCAUUGUACGCAUAUUACCUCUUGCACAGUAGCGUUGUAUGCAUUCGGUGGGAGAGUCGCUGUGAUGGCGCUCUGCUCAAACAGCGCACCCCCCUGGGUGAGCUACGCAAUCUCAAUAUGCCCAUAGGCUGUAUCAAGUGACAAUCAUUUAUAAAUCCUUUAUAAUUCAUAUUCUGUGUAAAGUUUGUCCACAAUUGCUGGAUAGGGAUUGCUGGAGGAAGUGGGAUUUAUGACCUAUACUGCAGCCCGCUACCAGAGGGUGAUGUUUUCACGGUGGCUUCACCCAGCGAGGAGGCAGACGGUGUCCAUUCUAUAUACAGUCUAUGGUUGGGUUCUUUUACCAUGGAGUGUAGCAUCAAUACAGUGUGGUGCAGUGGUUAUCAGCCUGUAGCUCUGCUGAGUGGUUAUUGAACCCCAGGUUGCUUUGAUAGCAAAAUACUUUUGGGUUGGGUGUAUCCAUCUUUUUACUUAACGAAUAUUCUCAAUGAGAUUUAGGUCAGACCACUUGGCUAGCAAUUCAAUCACAGCUAUGUAAUGGUCAACAAAAUAUCUGGUGGUGGUUUUGGCACUGUGAGAAGAUGUUAAGUGCUAUGAGCAGCUUUCAGCUGGACAGUGUUUUUAGUUUGUCAUCUUUUUUGGUUGUCCUCUUCCUCCUGACAAAUAUCCUACACAUAUUCGACUGGGUCAGGGGAAAUAUACUGACCUUGAGCACAACGACAUUAUGAUCCUCAAACUAUUCAUUAAAGGUGUUGGUGCUGGACAGGUGCUGAGAUCUGCUAAUGGCCUUCAGUCUGAUAUCGCCUCAUGUAUAGUCAAUGCAAAGACCCGAUUAGACACACAUUCUACUUGGGCGACACAAGUUGCGCGUCGCAAAUAGUUGGAAUUGAGCAAGGAAAUACACAACAUUUGCGUGUCCAGAUACAUGCAAAUUAAUCGAGAAAAUAGUUUUUUUGCGCUUGGUGUGAAUGACUAUUAUUGUUCCAGGUUUUUCUCACUUUGCUCUACAAAAAUGGGGGUUCAGGUCAGGCCAGCUGGAUUAAUCAAGCAGAGAUAUCAUGGUCAACCAUUUGGUUGGAAUUUUGGCGCUGUGAGCAGGUGCUUUGUCCUGUUAGAAGAGGGAAUCGGCAUCUCUAUGCCAGCACUAACAGGUGCUGCUGUGGAGGUUUUUUUCUACUUAAUAAAAGUACUUCAUUUUGAUGUUAUUUAAAUGAAUUUUAAAAAUCAAUAUCAGUUCAUUAAAAGUAUAUCAAAAAUGGGGUGAAGUAUCAGGAAAGGUGUAUCAGUUAAAGUAUGCUAAACAAAAUGCUUACAUGAGUUUGUGCACAUUAACAAUACACUACAUUGAGGAAAGUGUACACAUAUAACCUCUACCUUUUAUACAAUCCAAUACUGCAGCAGCACUAGUUAAAUUAUUUACAAAACACAUCUGUUCACAUUGAGGCAAACAGAAACACAAUGCAAACACCUGAGUCACAAUGAGGUUAAUUUGCAUACACAGCAGACAUUUGACUGUAUUUGAUUCACUUGAACCAGGUGUGUGCAGAGCAGGAGUUUCAGGUAGGUGACUACCUCCUCACCCCAAAUAGUUGGUGUUAGGAGCUCCACCUUUAAUACCUCCCUGUGUUUACUGAACUCUUCAGUGUUCUCAGAUUAACAAUGUUGUGGCUUGGUCUCCACUGAGUUCAAAUAAAUCUGCCUCAGUGUAACAUCUCAGAGUAUGCAGCUUAAUGUCAGGGUCAAUCACAUGGACAAACAAGUCUUGUGUGACCUAUGAGGCUCCAGUGAAAACACACAGGAUGACACACAGGCAGAUGGCAGUUAGCUGUACUGAUAAAACAGAUGAAAUAAUAAAAGAGGAAAACAUGAGUCUAAAAAUCUGAAAUGAAGAAUGGUGUGUUUUUGUUUGUAUUUCUGCAGCUGACUGGAGUCCUGGAUGAUUGCUUCUGUGACGUGGAGAGCAUUGAUGUCUUCAAUAACUUCAAGAUUUACCCUCGAAUCAAGAAGCUGACAGAGAAAGACUACUUCAGAUACUACAAAGUAAGGGAAAAUCUAAAGUUUAUAUCAGGAGGCAUGUGUGUUGGCAUUUGUAUGUUUUUCCUAAUGUGCCAUGUAAUCCAGCAGAGAGAGGGUGCUCUCAUCGUAACCUGACCACUGAAUGGCACUCUUGACCUCAGUAAAAUAAGUUGACUUGUAAAUUUGUUCUAUAGUUGAGCUUUGGUACUUAUUUAAAGGGAUAUUCUUGCGUAAAUUUAAGUUAUGGUCAAACUACUGUAACACCAAGUUAGACACCCCCUCGAGAGAUAAAUGUUGCUGACUGCUGACCUCUCUUCCUUUACCAACUUCAGCAAUGACCGCAUGAUAGCAAAUCACAGCGGUCUACUUCUCCACAUGCAAACCUCAACCAAAAAGCCACUCUACAGCCACAAAUAACACUCAGAACAGCACCUAACUUCAUCAACAGUACAUAAAGGGUCCCUGCCAUAGUACUAGCCAUCAAACAUCUUUUUAGCUUUGCCUGAUCUCUUUGGCAAAGAGACUAAUCACAACUCAUCCACUCUCCCCCAGCAGCCGCUUGUUUGUGGGGGGAGCCCUGACGACUUGAUCACCAAGUGCAGCAGAUCAUUUCCAUGAUCAUCACAACAAUCAUUUUGCACUGCAGAUUUGGUAGUUCUCCCCACCACACAUAUACACACACAUAUGCAUAACAACUACCAGGGUGUUUCCAGGCCAUCUGCGACCGGGUGGGAACAGUGUGAAGUAUGAGCAGUCAAGUGUUAUGGUGCGUUCCCUGCGUGUGAUGGCUGUAUUGUUGAGGUCAGACAGAUUGGGUGUGGGAUGACUGAUGACUUUGGAGGCCCUGUAUGUGAUGUGUGUAGAACUGCAGCUCUGCCAUUUUGCAUUUACUUCCUUCGUCUGUUUCUAUUUACGCUCUUUCGGUGUUCACUGAGCUCGGUGUCUGUAGCCACAGUUUCAUCUAACAGCAAUAGAAAACCGAGAUUUUUGGGAAUACAAAAUCAGGGUGAAAAUAAAGUAAUCAGAAAACCUCAUUUUUUUCUUUUCCCACCAGAGUUUGUGUCUUCCAGUUCUGCUGAUACAUAAGGUCAUGAUGAUAGAGUCAGCACUGUAAACAGCACUUAAGAAAGGACUCUUCCUCGUGUUAUGGCUCAUGCUACUAUCCAAAAACCAGUCGGUACAGAUGCUUCUCUGAACACUUUGUAUCCACCUAUCUCUAUAGGGAGAGGACGUCAUGUUGAGUGAAAAAGCAGAAUAACAACACAGCAGAUCAAGUCCCAUUAGCUGUUACAAAGCAGGAAGUGCCACUAAAAUAUUGUGAAAUAUGUUUGCAGCAAGAAGUGUGACAGUUGCUGUGCAGAAAAGUGAUUUCACUGAAUAUUGUGACUGAUUAAUCCAACUGGCUCUUAAUUAUUUUUUUUAAUUUGAUGAGCAGAUAAUUAAAUAAAGAAAAAAUCCUGUUGUGUUUUUAGCUGGUUUUAAAAUUUCUGGUUACUUUGUCAGGGUAGUUUGGAAAUCACACUUUCAAAUCCUGAUUUCUGUUCCCUUCAAAGGUGAACCUAGGUGCAGCACUACACAACUAAGAAUGCUGCAGCUCUGCAAUGCUGGGUGCCGGAAUACUAGGUUCUGAAAUGCUUGGUUCUAGAAUGUUGUCUUCUGGAAUACUAGGUUCUAGAAUGUUGUCUCCUGGAAUACUAAGUUCUAAAAUGCUUGGUUCUAGAAUGUUGUCUCCUGGAAUACUAGGUUCUGAAAUGCUUAGUUCUAGAAUGUUGUCUCCUGGAAUACUAGGUUCUAGAAUGAUUGUUCUAGAAUGUUGUCUCCUGGAAUACUAGGUUCUAAAAUGAUGGUUCUAGAAUGUUGUCUUCUGGAAUACUAGGUUCUAGAAUGUUGUCUCCUGAAAUACUAGGUUCUGAAAUGUUUGGUUCUAGAAUGUUGUCUCCUGGAAUACUAGGUUCUAAAAUGCUGGGUUCUAGAAUGUUGUCUCCUGGGACACUAGGUUUUAGAAUGAUCAGUCCUGGAAUGCUGGGUUCCAAAAUGCUGAGUUCAGUUAUGUCAUAAAAUUGAUGAAAUUUAUCGAUAUUCUGACUCCUCACAGAAACGAUUUUUUUCCUCUUUAGGUGAUCUUAAAGCGACCCUGUCCCUUCUGGCCUGAUGAUGGACACUGUUCCAUCAAAGACUGCCAUGUGGAGCCAUGUCCAGAGGUCAGACACUCACAGAUUGUCAAUAUGAAACAUGGAGGGCAGUAAGAAUUGUGAACAAAAGCUGUGUUUACAUGGACAGCAAUGUGCAUUUGGGGUUUCAGUGUCUGAUUGGUUUAACACCAGUUUAACAAACUAUAACCCUCUGGAAACACAAUGAUUUACUUAAAGAUUUCCACAAGAUUUCUGAAACUGUUCAUGGAUGGAUGAAUCAGAAAUUAUUUGAGCCUGUUUUGAAAAUGCUGUCUGUUAUGGUUUUUAAACAUUUUUAUUUGUUUGUUAUGUUCACAGAGUAAGAUCCCUGUGGGUAUCAAGUCUGGAAACUACAACAAGGUGAGAAAUAAGAACCUUUUUAUUUGGUUCGAUUCUACUUGAACAGAUGCUAUUAUGUCUUUUUCAUAUUAAACAAGAAGAAAGGAAGUGUGGAUAUGUGGAUAUGUAUGACACAUUCUUUAAAAGAUUUGAUGGAUUGAUCCACAAAAAGAGAGAAAAUGUUGAAAAGAAAUGAAUUCUCACUCAGUCACAGGCAUCGAAACAGCAACAUCAAACAGCCAGAUCAUAGCAGCUGAUCAGAUAGUAAAUGUCACUUCGUAAAUGUAAACAUUGUUUCUGUUCAAAUGAUUUAGCUAAAUUUGACCACAGAUCAGUGAUAACCAUCAGUCCAUCAAAGAUCUUGCAUUACUGUUGCUGUUGCUGUUUUUUUUUUCAAAACUUUCCAUCUCAAUAGCUGAUUCACCAAAUUUCACGUACGCACACACAGUGUAAAGCGUCCUCUUAUCUGGUCUGAGAGUUUCCACACAGAGAUCGAGGACUUAAUGUUUGCUUUGCCAGACUCUCAGCCUGCUGUUGGUCCAUAAUGACAUCUGCGCCCGUCUCAGUCAAGUCACUUUCUGACCAUCAGCCAGGAACCAUGAAAAUGAGCUACCUCAGCAGGGAAGCCUCAGAUAGCAGGAGCCACUGAAUUCAGACUAACAGACAUGAAAACUGACAGGUCACUCUAGGACCACUACAGGAGUAACAUAUAAUAAAGGCUUUGAAUGUGAAAAAGAAAUAUUUCUAUUACUAAGAGAAGGUGAAGUUACAAUCCAAAUUCCAAAAAAAGUAGGACCCUGUGUAUGCUUUUAAUGAAAACCUUCUAAUGUUUCCAAAAAGUUGUGAAAGAAACAACAAAAUGGGUAAAAAGUUGUUGGAGGAACAACAAAGUUUGAAGUGAAUGUCAAAACAAAAUUAGAAUUCUGUUUUCAUAUCAUGGCUCUACUCUUCUUAACCUGCGGUCUCUGUUUUUAUCUGCAGUACUCCCAAGCGGCGAAUACAAUGUCGGACAUGACAGAGUGUGAACAGGCCGAAGAACUGGGUGCCAUCAACAGCACCCUAAGGUGACACCACUGCCCUCCUGCUGUCUGUUUUAUCUGCCACCAGCUUAUUUUUCAAAAUGCAAAGCAGCUCUAGAGGCUGAUAGUAACCAUGGCAAACAUUUACAAACACCUGAGCUGGUACUUUCCCAGCAUUCAGAACUGACCUUAACUAAAGACAGCGUGGGAAAUGUAUAUGAAGUUGACACAGCCUCAGACUCUGAUAAGGAAAUAUUAGACUGCUGAUCACCUAUUCUAACCAGUUAUUUAAGCAUGGAUAAUUUUUUUUUGUCUUGUCUCUACUUAACUUUUUUGGUUACUCUCUUGAACUCAAAAUGGUUUAUAAGCUCUGUAUCACAUUUAAGGAACCAAGUAAAUUUACAGUAAACAGUCAUUUAAGCUGCCACAAACUAAACUCCUACAGCUUAUUAGAUCGAAGUUUAUAACUAAUUUGAGCCACAAAGUAAAAAUUGAGUUGUAUAAAAGUAUUAAAAUGAUAAACUACAAACUAAAAGUGACUUUAAGUUUGACAUCAAGUCCUUGCAGCGGCGAGAGGUUUGCUCUCCUUGCUUUGGGUUUUUAGAAACACGCAUGAAACACACAAGAGGUUUGCUCUCCCUGCGUCAGAGGAAGUGUGAGGAAGCUCUUAGAACAGAGCCAUACUGCUAAAUAUAACUAAAAAAAAUGAACUCUUUUUGACCAAAGUGGUCCUGACUGAAUUAAAGUGUUAUUUUGUCUUAUUUUUUACUGUCAUUUUUUUCUGUUACAUUUCCUCCUGCUGUUCUUUCAAGUUCUUUUUUUAUUUCUGGUUUUCAGUAACCAGAGUAAAGAGGCGUUUGCGGACUGGGCGAGACAUGACGACGCACAGGACCACUUCUGUGAGCUGGAUGGUGAGUCUUAUCUCUGCUUGGUCACCCACAACGUAUUUCAAAUGACUGUCCUGAAGCCAUAGGCAAGGAUGGGUUAUUUUUGUUCCUGCUUCCCAGAGGGUUAGUGCAAAUGAUUUUCAUGGAUCCUCCUGGCACCACAGAUGCAGAACAAUGGAAAUCUAAUGCUCAGGUCCUCCUGAAACUUUCCAAGUGAUUUCAUUUAGGCAUUUAUAUCCUUUUGAUCUCUCCUGGUUAUCUACACUGAGGUCAACUAAGUCUGCUUUGUGUGUAUAUGUGUGCACACAGAUGAAACCUCUCCAGAUGCUGAGUAUGUGGAUCUGCUGCUGAAUCCAGAGCGUUACACUGGGUACAAGGGCCCUUCAGCCUGGAGAGUCUGGAACAGCAUCUACGAGGAAAACUGCUUCAAGUGAGACGCACUAAAAAAACACGAGUAAAAGUGCAUGAAUGUGACCUUUUAACAGCAGUGAAAACCAACAUACAAGUGUCAUUACAACACUCUUUUUCUGCUUGCAUUCAAAAUACAUUUAUUGGGUUUUGAUAUUCCUGUUUUAAAUACAACUUUAGUAUUUCAGAAAAAAAGGCUUAGGGGUCAUUGUGCUUGUUUGUCCUCUGUUGUGUUUGCAUGAAAUGAUACAUAACAUUAAACCCGAAACAGCUGCAACACCACUCUUAAAUAGCCACCAAACUCCAUUAAAAAAACGCUGAUUUUCCACAUGUAGUUUGUUAAUGUCACCCUGUGUUACACAAAUACUGGUCUGCGUCUGGAAAAACCAUGUGUCCUGAUCUCCCUUCAUGGUCAAGCUAACAUUGAAUAAUCACGUGUCAGUAGGCUUUGGUGUCAGCCGGAAAAACAGUCUGUAUGGAGAGCAAAAGCAGGGGGAUCAAAAUCCACCGUGACGCCAACCCAGCCUCCCAGUGUUGGAUUUGUUCCUAUCUAUGAGACACUAAUCUGACUGAUUCUGAGUCAAUAAAGACAAUCAGCAUUUAGAUUUCCUGACCUCACUGAAUGCAUCAGAAAUGAUGGAUCUGACCUCAAUUCAACGAACAUUUUCAAAGUAGUCUUUUUCUCUUGAGAAAAGACCUGACAAAUUGAGACAUCUGCAUACCCGUAGCCCAUAUUUUAGAGAGCUAAAGUUGUUUAGUAAAUGGAGUUUGUUGGUAAUAGAGACUGGGAUGUAACAGCUGUUUUUGAAUUUAAAAAAGUCAUCAUAUUAUUUAACAAAAAGGUCAAUCAGAGAAUGUACAGCUGAGAUUAUUUGUUAAAUAUAAUCCUUCUGGCUGUUUUGAAUUGAUUUGACUAAAAAUCAGUUUCCUUUUUUUUUUUUGUGGACAGGCCCAGAUCAGUAUACCGACCUCUGAACCCUCUGGCUCCCAGCAGAGGUGAGUGACUAAAAAUCAACAAGAGCUCAGUUUACACUUUCACAAAAGUAAAAGUUUGGUUAUUGUGACAUUACUGCAGCCCUAUACUUAGAACUGGAACAAAAUGUCAAUAUAAAAGCAGUUCAUUCGCAGGAUUCUAGAGUACUAGGUUCCAAAGGUUUUGGAAUGUUUUCUAAAACACUGGUUCUAGAAUGCUAAGAUCUACAAACCCGUGUUUUGAGUGUUUUGAGGGGUCUUAAUGAGACAGCAGUUACAAUGACGUGAUUCAGACUGAAAAUGAGCUAAACUGGAUCGAAUCUAGUUAGACUUUUAAAGAUGGCCAAAUCUUGUAUACCAGAGUUUAUAAUGGGAUACAUAUUUAGUCCACAAGGGGGCACCACAAUCAAACAUUUCAUGCUUGAUAUUGACCCUGUUCGAUAGUUUCGUGUUAGUUUCUGUCAUUCUGCUGUUUAUAUCUGUAAAGAGACCGUGAGUGCUCAGAAAGGAGCUUAUAAAUAAAAUGUAUUAUAAUUGUUAUUGUUAUUAAUUUGACUGAAGUUAUAAAACAAAUAACUAAAUCAUCUUCAUUUUGAUAAAAACAGUUUUAACAGAGCUCUUCUUUCUCUGUUUUUAUAUUUUCAGGAGAUGAUGAUGGUGAGUAGAGCUAAAACAUCUUUACAGGACUUUAUUUCUAGUUGUGUUGUAAAAAAAAAAACUAUGAUCUUGGCUUGCUGUGUCUCUUGUGUUCUAGGUGAGGGUUUCUACAACUGGCUGGAAGGUAGGAACCUGUUUUAUUUGUUCUCUUACAUAUAUAUUCUGCAGGUUCGGCUCUCUAGUUACCUUGUGUAAAUGAUACCUGUCCCUGUCGAUUUUCUCUGCAGGUCUGUGUUUGGAGAAGAGAGUUUUCUACAGACUCAUCUCCGGCCUCCACAGCAGCAUCAACAUCCACCUGUGUGCAGACUACCUGCUGGAUGGUAUGACAUACUCCUCUUAUUAAAGUCAAUUUAACAUCAAGACUUAGAAAUUAUCAAGGUAGCGCCGAGGACUGUGUGGACUUAUUUAAACAGUUUAAGCAGAAUCUAUCCACAGCCAUAAUCCCUAUUUUUUAGCAGAUAAAUUCAGUUAGAUGCUAAUUCAGUGUCUCGAUGAAUAACAGCUGGUAUUUAUAUCCCUCUGUUAAAUAUGGUGUUCCCCAGGGAUCAGUUUUUGGGCCUGAUUAUAUUUUCUGAUACAUGCUUCCCCUGAGGAGCCCAAGACAAAUACAUGGUGUUUUUUCUUCCCUUUUUGUUCCUGUGUUUUCUCUAGAAACCACAGAAUAAAAACAGCACAACUAACACUGGUAGUCUUAAAUACAGAAGCCUAAUAAAGCAUGAUAUUAAAGGUACAGAAAAAAAAUGAAACAGUAAAGGGACCUUCAAAAACGACUAAAACACUGAGACUCAGAGUGUUUUAUUAGUGAAUAACCUCUAAAAUAUCUAAUUGAAGCUGAUGAAUGGCUUUGGUUUUGUUUGCUCAGAGGGGUGGGGUCGCUCAGUCUGGGGUCCAAAUGUUCAGGAGUUCCGUCAGCGUUUCGAUACAGCAGAGACAAAGGGUGAGGGCACCCGGCGACUGAAGAACCUCUACUUCCUGUACCUGAUUGAGCUGCGGGCGCUCUACAAGGUGGCGCCAUACUUUGAGCGAGCCUUCGUCAACCUGUACACAGGAAACACACAGGAGGACAGCGCCACGAAGGAGCUGCUGCUGCAGGUCUUCAACGAGAUCAAGUGAGACAUUGUGAUUUUAAACUCAGAAAUGAUUGAUCAUGUUUUUUAUUCUGAGCAGUGUUCAGGUAUCAGACUAACUUGAACCUCUAUCCUCCAGAACCUUCCCCAUGCACUUUGAUGAGAAGUCCAUGUUCGCUGGACACAAACUGGAGGCCAAAACGCUAAAGGUGACACCAAAAAGCUCAUAUACACACUGCUCGCCCAACACUGAGCUGCACACGAUUGUUAAUAAAUAUCAUGGAUUUAUGAAUUAUAAACUGAUUACUAAUAUUAUAAUGAGUGCAUUUUCAGGAAAUAUGCCAUUAUGAUAACUAGACAAGCAGGAUCGCCUCUUAUAUAUCACACAUUUGUAUAAAGCUAUAUUGGUGGAUGAUAUUGAUUGGUUGAAAACCUUUACUUUAGCUAUCAGCUGUAACAGCAAGACACUGGACUGAACAGCAGGAGAGAUCUGCACGCCAAAUUAGAAAGUGUUCUUCAAGUAAACACCAAAGCUGUUCCCAGAAGAGCGAACUCUUUCAGCCGGAGGCCAGAGAGGGCGGCAAUUUGGCUGUUCAGGGUGUCCAAACACAGUGACCUUAGUUUUUUCUGGGUAAGAUUUAGGCUGAGCCGUGACUCAGAGUCUUUUCAGACAACUAGAGAAAGACUCUCCUCAUCUAUCGGCGAUCAGCGGCGACAUCCUUUUCGCCGCCGUUUCCGGAUGCGGUGGAAAUUAGGAGUAAAAGUAUCAUAACAGUUCCAGACUCCAGAAUCCAGAAUCUACAGUUCUUUGGACUGUUAUAUUUAGGGCGUUUUCUCUAUUACUUAUACAAUAGUCUUGAUAAAAAUUUACUUAUUUUUUGUUUGUUUUUUUUAGGAGGAGUUUCGACUUCAUUUCAAGAACAUCUCCAGGAUCAUGGACUGUGUCGGCUGCAGUAAAUGUCGCCUAUGGGGCAAACUGCAGGUGAGAAAAAUUCAACUUUAAACCAGUUUAAAUGAUUAGUCUGGAUUCACUUUGGUUUUCUUGAGUAUUUUGGGUCUCCUUGAUGUUUUUCCUGGUAACAGGACUCGGUUGUUUAGACUUUUAAAUAGGAAUUAUUCCAGCACACGUACUCCAGCCAGAAAUAUCACUGUCUUAAAGUUUUAAGUGUUUUUUUUUUACAUUAUGAUGCUAUUAAAAUUCUAAAGCGCCGUACGACUAUAGAAAUGUAAAUCCGUAGUAAUUUUCUUGUAUUUGAAAAAGUCUCUGAGCACAGACCAACAUCAUGUAAAGGUAGAUAAGAAGAAAGGAUUCUAUUGUUGUAAAGCACACCGCAUUUAAAUGUAUCAGAGUAUUGAACAUUUUGACAACCCUUCUGUCAUAAACAAACUACCUGACAGUUUUCAUGUGUCCUCUUUGUGCAGACCCAGGGUCUGGGAACAGCCUUGAAGAUCCUCUUCUCUGAGAAGGAGAUCCAGAACCUUCCAGAACACAGUCCCUCUAAAGGUUUCCAGCUGACCCGGCAGGAGAUUGUGGCCUUAAUGAACGGCUUCGGCAGGUACGCUCCCAGCUCUGUGAACCAUAAUACAACAACAACACAAAACGGAUGAAAGGCAUCAAAAUGACAAACUGACUCACAGAGUGAUGUUUUACUUACAAGCCCAAUCCAAUAUUUUUGUUGUGUUAUUUUUGCUCCUGUUUCAUCUCCUCUUCCUCACCUUCAGGUUGUCCACUAGUAUACAUCAGCUGCACAGCUUCCGCCUCCUGCUGGAGGAGAACAGGUAACAGGAGGCAGAGCCGGCCCACAGAGAACUGCAGAAGUGUAAUCCUCGCCCAGAAGAAGAACUUUCUCAUGGACUCUAGAAGACUCACCCUCCUCCCUGUAUCCCCCCACCCUCCUUCCUCUUCCUCAGUCUGAUUAAUCUUGAAUGUUAAAACCCGCUGCCUCCUGUCGACAAACUUUGAUCUUUUCUUUGGUCCAAACCUGGAAAAGUUCUGAAAACACCUGGAUUAAAAUCACAUGACUACAAACAACACAAGUUUUUAAAAGGAAACCUGUCAGAAAAGCACCUUGUCGCCUGUUAACGCUGCCCCCGCCCCCUACUAAUGUUACAUCCUGUUUGGAUUUACACUCCUGUGAUGAGUCGACCUUUUUACGGCUCUUCUGCGAGACACAAGAGACUCUGUCCUGAUUAAGGACUCAGAAAGGACUAUUUGCUGCUGCCUAUUUAAUUUUCGUUGUGUUUUCUAUCUGCUCUCUUUUUCUUCUUCUGUUGGUUUUCCAAAGUUUUGUCCCUCAGAACCUAAAAACCUGCUUGUGUUUGCUGUUUCAGGCUUAUGACAGCUCCCUACCAAGUAAAAGUGUUUCUUUAUGUUCGUGUGAGAGGAUAUUAACCCUUACAUGCAAGCAAAUGUAAGCUCGCAGUUUCCAGCAGUUCUUUUUAUUUCUGCUCUUUAAUUGAUUCUAACGCAGACAUUACACUGGAUGCCAAGCUUUAACCAACUAUUAUUGAAAUGACUUGUUUCUGUCACUUAACAGGUCAUUUGACAUAUCUAUGAAAAAGUGAAGUUUCAGAAAAUCAUCUAAUUUACAUUAAAAAAACAACAGUUCUUUAAUUUACAUUUGACUUUGUACAGAAACUGAGAGCCCUGAUUUAAAAAAAACUGAUUCCCUCUUCAAUGACCUCAAACUCAGUCAGAGACUGACUGUAGUGUGUGUGUGUGUUGAUGAAUGAGUUGUGUGCAUCUUGUUUUUGCUAUUUAUUUUUUCAUCAGUCUUGGGUCAUGAAGCACAACUGAAGUUGAGACGGAUCAAUGAGUUUAUUUGAAGCAGGAGGAGUUUAUUUGACUAUUUUUAGUUCACGCUGUAAAUGUUGGCGUAUUUAAAACAGGAGCUUUUACAGAGAUGGCUUAAGUAGAAAAAUACUGCAGGUCAGAUAUUUUUUGUUUCAACAGCCUGAUCCUCAUGAAGAUGAUGUUUUAAUCUUGACGAUGAAACAUCCUCAAACAGAAGAGAAGGAUUCAUACAUAAUGAAGGAGCAGGUGGUCAAGGAGUAAAGUAGCUCUCUUAAAAUCCCACAGUCUCCUGGGAAUUGUUGGUCUGCUGCUGUCUAAAACAGAAAAAUUAAAAUUAACAAGCAACAUAGAACAAGCAAAGAAACACCAGAGAAGGCCGCCCCCUGCUGGCCAUUCUGAUUAUUGUAAGCCAACGUACAUUGUUCCGGCUUUAAGGCCUGAAUGGCAGUUUGAGAAAGUACAGAUUAUUUUUCUUAACAUUUUUUUUUCUUUCAUCUGUUUCUUUUUUCGUUUUUCCUUCCCUUUUUUACCUCCUAUGCUCUGUAUUCUUUUUCCUGAUUCUUUUUUUUCUUUUCUUCAGUCUGCAGUGGAUUUUAAAAAAAAAAACAUUGACCCCUGGUUGGCGGACAAACCUCUAAGACUUUUACGUCUGGGCAGGAAAGGUUUAAAAAAGUGAAGUUGGACCAAAGAUUUUUCAGUGGCCUAUAAUUUAUGUUUUGUUUUUGUUAAGUUUGUUUUAUUACAAUGCUAAGGACAAUGGGGUUUUGAUUUUUACUCAGUAGUUUGCAUAUUGUUGUAUGAAAAGUUAAGGCUUUUUAGAUGUGUUGAUUUCGUUUUUUGAGGGUUUGGCUCAUGAAUCUACGACAUUAAACGAUUAAAAAUCCGAAAUGGAAUAAAUUAAAAUAUUAAAGGGAAAAAAAGAAAUUCAGUUCCAAAAGUUAUAUUUGUGUCACCUCUGUCCCCACCAAGUUCUUUAAUGCCACAUUAUUCAGGAUCGAGGAUAGAAGCUGCAUAAGCUGCUGGUUCAGAGUGUGUUGGUGAAAAAACAGUCAGAGAGUUUGUCUGCUCUCCAGCAGCAGCAUUGUCCACCCUUCAGCCUUAAAACUAAACUGAGAUUUUCAAAAUGAUGAAAUCAGUAAAAUGACAGAAAACCUGCUUCAGACUUUUCACGGUCCUCAUGUUGAAUUAAAUCUGUUAAGUUUGUUCAAAGGCAGCACAACUUUUUUCUUUGGUUUCUUUUAGAUCUCUAUGAAUAUUAAUAGCUGCACCAUGUUGAUGUGUGUUCCUGUUAAAAAUAUUUAUUUGAAAAGAGGAAUAAAUAUUUCUGAAAAUCAUUUAUUUGUUUCUAUUCUGAUCAGAAACCUUACAUCUGAAUAUUCUUACCUUACUGUACUUUUUGUUGUUCUCAACUUUCAUUAUCGCUCAAGGAUGUUCAUCAUUUAACAAGUUCUGAUAGAUCUUCGCUUAGAAGGGUCAGCAAAACAUGUAUAUAAGAUAGUUCUCUGCCAGUUGAGAUCAUUUGAUUUCAUUUGUCCUGCAGUGACUAAGGAAUUUGAUAAACCAAACCGCAUUUAAAAAUAGUCAAUUUAAGGGUUGUUUGAUUUCCUUUUGCAAACAGACAUGACAACGCUUAGGCUUCGACUCAUUGUGAAUCUGCAUCAUGAUAUUGAUAUUUCAGCAUCUUUUCACUCUGUUCCAUUGGGAGAAUAAUGAUCCACAAACUAAACUUUUACAUAUCAGCACUGCAGCAUGUUCAGACUAAUGCUGCACAGUUAGAUUGAAAUUGGUCAAAAUGGGUGAAAAUGCAUGUCAUCACAGCUUUAAUAAACAUUUUUGGGUUUGCUCAUUUGUCGUUUCCAAUAAAAGAGUUGGACUGCUUUUUUAAAGACUUUAGAGGUCAGCUGUUAUUUGUCAGGCAUACAUGAACAAAUCCUGAAUGCAGAGGUGAUCAAACCAAACUUUAUUGAAAAACAACAAUUUUUAAAGGCAGCAGUUAAUUAUCAGGCAUGUUCAAUUUACAUUAUUCCCCAGUCUUGUACAUUCCGCAACUGAUAUUUCUGUCACGCAUGAAAAGUAUAAAUUUGCUCAACAUUUAAUGUCAUUUUGUUUUUUAUGGUAAAAUCAAUAUUUUCUGUUAUCAGUUAAAGGGAGCUGUUUGCUGUGAUAAAAUAGGUAAAUGGCGCCAUCUACUGGGAGAUACUUAAAACUACAAAUUUGAUGUUUAUAUUUAAACAGGAGAGGA